UCCACCAUGGGGGUGAAUUUUACAGGGUUUUUGAAGAAGAAAUUAUAUACAGAGGGGGUACGGAUACGACAGUUAAUGGGAUACAUGUUUCAAAUUGGAACAUGGAUAACAUUGAGAAGUUGUUGAGUAGGUUAGGGUAUAAGGCUGAUUGUGUUAGGGUAUGGACAAAAGUUUUAGAAAUUCAAGAUGGUUUUUUUCUGAUUAGGAAAGAUGAUGAUGCUGUUGAUGAUUUUGCUCUAUACUUUAGUGCAAUGAAUGUGAAAGGAGAUUUGUAUGUUGAACAUAGUACUGGGAACAUGGACCCUGCUGAUAUGGAACCUAAAUGUGUGAAUGAUGAUGACCACCCCCCUGAUAAUGGAAUUGAUGGGUUAGAUGAGGAGAAGGUAGAGGGGUUAGAUGACAGUGAAGAUGAAAGAGCUAUUGCUUACUUUGAUGGUUUUGAAGGAAUAGAUGUUACUAAGCCUAUUAGGGAGGAGCCCAAUAACAGUAUGGAGGAGCCCAAUAAGAGUAUGGAUUCAGAUGAUGUAUACUAUAGUGAUGAGUUGAAUAGUUCUGACCCAGAUGAUUCUUGUGAUGAAGAAAGGCCCAAGUAUGCUAGGUUUAGGAAAGAGCAUCUAAACAAAGACUUUAUAUUCAAGUGGGGUAUGGAAUUCAACACACUUGAUGACUUUAGGGCAGCUAUCCGUGAGUGGUCAGUGCUUAAUGGGAGGGAAAUUUCUUUUGUGAAAAAUGAGGGAGAUAGGGUAAGGGUGGUGUGUAAGCAUAAAUGUGGGUUUUUAGUCUUAUGCUCUAAGGUGGGCCACAAGGAGACUUUUGCUAUAAAAACACUUGUACAUAAGCACACAUGUGCUAGGGUUUUGAACAACAAGUCUGCUAGCUCAAAGUGGGUGGCCAAGCAUGUGGUAAAGAGGAUGCAAACUUCUGAUACAGUCAGGAUAAGAGACAUCAUCCAAGAUAUGAGGCAAACAUAUUCUGUGGGUAUUACUGUUGCAAAAGCAUGGAGGGCUAAGCUAAUUGCCAAGAAGAUAAUUGAAGGUGAUGCUGACAAUCAGUAUGCUUCCAUAUGGAGGUAUGCAGGAGAACUAAGAAGGGUAAACCAUGGCAACACUGUGAAGAUAAAUGUAGAAAGACCUAGUCCAUCCAUACAACCAAGGUUUGGGUCAUUUUAUUUCUGUUUUGAUGGCUGUAAGAAAGGCUUUAUUCAUGGAUGCAGACCAUUUGUGGGGGUUGAUGGAUGUCACUUAAAGACCAAGUAUGGUGGACAGUUACUUAUUGCUGUAGGCAGGGAUGCUAAUGAUCAAUACUUCCCUUUGGCAUUUGGUGUGGUUGAAAAUGAAACAAAGGAGAGUUGGAGAUGGUUUAUACAACUACUAAUGGAGGACAUUGGUCAGGAUAGAAGAUAUGUAUUUAUCUCUGAUCAACAGAAGGUAUGUAUUUAACUCUAUCUUUCUGUUGCAAAUUAUUCUAUUCUCUAAAUGUUGAAAAAAUUUCUAUUUUGUAUCAGGGACUUGUGGCUGUAUUUGAAGAAUUGUCUGAUACUAUUGAGCAUAGAUUAUGUCUUAGGCACUUGUAUGCUAAUUUCAAGAAAAGGUUUGGUGGAGGAGCCCUUAUUAGAGAUUUAAUGAUGGGAGCUGCUAAAGCCACAUACUAUCAGGCAUGGGUCCAAAAGAUGAAUGAAUUGAAGAAUGCAGAUCCCAAUGCUUGGACUUGGUUGAUGGUUGUUCCUACCAAAAGCUGGUGUAAGCAUGCCUUUUCUUUUUACCCUAAAUGUGAUACAUUGAUGAAUAAUAUCUCAGAGUCUUUUAAUGCUACAAUUCUAGCUGCUAGGGACAAACCUAUACUCACAAUGUGUGAGUGGAUAAGAAAAUAUCUGAUGAAUAGGUUAUCCACCUCUGCAAGUAAACUAGAAAAUUGGCCACAUAAGGUGAUGCCAAUACCUAGGAGAAGGUUAGAUAAUGAGGUGUUCAAUAGUGGUCAUUGGUUGCCAACAUGGUCAAUUGCUGAGACUUUUCAGGUUACACAUAGUUACAACACACAUGAAUUUAUUGUUGACAUUGCUAAAAGGUCAUGUAGUUGUAAUUUUUGGGAAUUAGUAGGAAUUCCAUGUAGGCAUGCUGUAGCUGCUCUGAGUUAUAGAAAGCAAAACCCUGAUGAAUUUGUUGAUGCUUGUUACACAAGAGAAAAGUUUGCACUAUGUUAUGGAUUUUCAGUAAGUCCAAUCAAUGGUCAAGAUAUGUGGCCAGAAGUUGAGAUGGAACCACCUCUACCACCUGCAUAUAAAAAUGGUCCUGGUAGACCUAAGAAGAUUAGGAUAAGAGAAAGUGGAGAGGAUGGUGCAAGGAAGAGAAGAUCUGGUGUUGCAUAUAAGUGCACCAAAUGUGAUAAUUUUGGUCACAAUGCUAUGACUUGUAAGGCUACCACUCAGGAUCCCAAUGCACUUAAAAGAAAGAGAAAACCUAAAAAAGGACAUGUGCCAACUGCAACUGAUAUGCCAACUGCAAAUGAUAUGCCAACUGCAUCUGAUAUGCCUGCCCCAACUGCAACUGAUAUGACUGUUCCAACAAAUGUGCCUGUUCCAACUGAUCCACAGCCUCCAACUGAUAUGCCUGUUCCAACUAUUAUGAGUCAAACCGGAUCUAGUGUGGCUGCCUCAAUCACAAAACAAUCCAGAAAAAGGGUUGAAAAAAAACCUAUCAUCAAAAGAAGGCAAAGUGAGAGGAUCAAGUUGAGUUGGUUUAAAAGACCCAUAACAGGUGAAGGAAUAUCUAGUGACAAACCAAUUACCCUACCAGAAAAUGAAGACAUACCCACUUCAAAAUGAGGGACUGAUUAUUAUGUUUCUGCUAUGUAUUUUGUAAUCCUUUUGGAAAACUCUUUUGUAAUGCCAACUGAUCUUUGAAGACAUGUAUUUUGUAAUCCUUUUGUAACAAACAUAUGCACUUACUGUGAUGAUCAAUUCUAAUGUAUCAGUUUAACAUUA